UAUACUGAAGGAACCGGACCGGACAUUGUGUUGAUGCUGCUGUCGGCGGAAAAAAAAAAAAAAACAACAAGAAGGUCUAGCAGAUGUAAAAAUAUAACGCCCAAUCUUUAGUGGUAUUAACAAGAAAGAGCCUGGAACCAUUUCUUUAGAUGUCGGUCUGAGGUGCGACGGUCAGACAUGAGCGUCACUUUAGAUAUAAGGCUGAAAAGAGCAAACAAAGUUUACCAUGACGGGGAAGCGGUGGCUGGUGUCAUCGUGCUGGUGUGUAAGGAGCCGCUGCAGCACCACGGCAUCUCUCUGAGCAUGGAGGGAGUGGUGAACCUGCAGCUGAGCUCCAAGAGCGUCGGCGUCUUCGAGGCCUUCUACAACUCUGUCAAGCCCAUCCAGCUGAUCAGCAGUAUGAUUGAGGUGGCCAAGGCAGGAAAGAUCCCAGGAGGCAAGACCGAGAUCCCCUUUGAGUUCCCUCUGAAUGCCAAAGGCAACAAAGUGCUGUACGAGACCUACCACGGCGUCUUUGUCAACAUUCAGUACACCCUCCGCUGUGACAUGAAGCGCUCCCUGCUGGCCAAAGACCUGAGCAGGAACUGUGAGUUCAUUGUACACUGUCAGCCGCAGAAAGCUAAUGUCGCCCCAACCCCAGUCAACUUCACCAUCACUCCGGACACUUUGCAGAACAUCCGCGAGAGGAGUUCACUGCCAAAGUUUCUAAUCAGAGGCCAUUUAGACGCCACCAACUGUGUGAUCAGCCAGCCGCUGACUGGAGAGGUGGUGGUGGAGAACUCGGACAUUCCCAUCAAGAGUAUUGAACUGCAGCUUGUGCGAGUAGAGACCUGUGGUUGUGCUGAAGGCUACGCCAGAGAUGCCACAGAGAUCCAGAACAUCCAGAUAGCUGAAGGGGAUGUCUGCCAUGGCCUCUCUGUUCCCAUCUACAUGGUCUUCCCCAGGCUGUUCACCUGCCCCACACUGGAGACCACCAACUUCAAAGUCGAGUUCGAGGUCAAUGUCGUCAUCGUGCUUCAUGAUGAUCAUCUGAUCACAGAGAACUUCCCCCUGAAGCUCUGCAGAGUCUGAAGCUGAAUCGAACACCAGCACUCAGGUAUCGUCCCUGGAGACCUGCUGCUGCUGACUUUGACCCUUCAUACAACACACCGGGACUGAGCAUUUUGAAACCACAAACGGCUCCAGGGCAGAGGACAUGAUCCUGCCCCAGUUUUGUUCUCUGUGGAGAUCUGAACUGGUUUUCCGCAGAAUGCAACAGCUCCUCUAACCUAGAGUGGCUCUACUGAUGAAUUAAGUCACACAACUCCCCGUCCAGAUUUUCCUUCAUUAAUAUAUAUAAAUAUGAACAUUAAUGUUCAGGAGAGAAAGUCUUUGUGAGUGAGUUAUUAUAGUUAUAUUUCAGUUAAUAAAUGUCACAUUCUUGUAGACCAUUAUGAUCAGUGAAGUUACAACUCAUUUAAGAGAAUUGUUCCAAUUCCCAGGACUUUAAGGCUGUUAGUCAAUGAAAAAAAAAAAAACAGAACUAACAGAGAGCAGCAUUUGCCUUCAGAAAUUCUUAAUUUGCUGACUUGAACAUCUGAUGAACAUAUGACAAAGAUGAGCUCAAACACAAAACAGGUUUAUUUCUUAAGUAUUAAGUGGUAUGUCAACAUUUUAAUUAUACAAAAAAACUUUAAAGUCUUUUCUUAAGAUUUUAAUGAAAUAACAUAAUAAAAUCAUAAACAUAAAAGCAUAGACAUUUGGGUAGCAAAGACGAGGUGAUAAGGGUUAAGACAUUACGGGGCUUGACGUCUCCUGCCAGGCAGCGUGGGGAAAUCUUCAGGCAGCAAGGCGUGAUCUCUGCAGGUGGGACAGGUGCUCUGUUCCUUCAGCCAUGACCUUAUGCACUGAACACAAACAGAACAAGUGCGGCACGUUAAAACCCGCAGCAGCCUCCGUCCACACAUCAAAUCUAGGACUCGAUAUUCUGACUCAUUUUGUUAGAAACUGGAAUGAUAAACAGGUUUCAUUAACAUCAGUUUAUUCGUUCUUUUAGUGUUUACUCCGAGGGGGAUUCACCAUGACCUUUUGUCAAGUCUUGCUUCUUUCUUUUUCCACAAGCUUGUGUGGGCUUCAGCUGAAGGACUGUGGUUUAAAAAAAGCUACCACCUUGAGUUGCUGACCACUAAAGAGCAAUGUUUCUGCAAAAUGCAUGCACUCGGCAAUGCACGUGCACGUCGGUGAUGAGAUACACACAUUGCCACGGGUUUCAUGUUAUUCCACCGAUUGACACUCAGCGGCAAUAAUGCGCAAGCAAAUAUGAAAGUAAGCAAUAGAGCUGCAUAUUGGAACUGAUCUCCUGAUUCGAUUUACAGAAUACCGAAAUUGAUUUGCUUUGAUUCAGUUGAAUUCGAUUCUUGAUUAUUUAUUAACAUAAUAUAAAUACUAAUGUUGGAUAAAGGGCUUCUCAGACGUUUUCCUGGGAACUUAAAUUUCUUCUACAUUCCUCAAGUGAGCAACACUGAUGUAUUCCUGAAAAUAGAAUUGUGUGACGUUCACCUUAGUAAAGAAAUCUGAAUAACUUGGAAUCCACAGCGGUCAGUCGACUUCCACAGCCUCAUAGAUAAUAUCUCUGAAGAAGAGAUUUGCUGUUUCACUGUGGACAGAGGUCUCUACAACUGUGUCUUAAAAAAAUAAACAGCCUAGUUUGGAUGUAGAUUUGUGUAUGUUAAAGCAUAAUUUGCUCUGCAGCUAGACGUCAUGAAUGAACUGCCUGUUAACCAAUGACAAAGAAAUGCUGUCAGAAGUAAAUAAAUUGUGAAGCUGUUUAA